GCGCGAGAAUGGCCGCCGCGGGUGAUGUGUUGAUAGUUGAUGGCGGCCUGGCCACCGAGCUCGAGGCGGCGGGGCUGCAGCUACAGGGAGAUCCAUUAUGGAGUGCCAGAAUGUUGCAAACAAAUCCACAAGCUAUCAAAAAUGUGCAUGCAAGUUACCUUUCUUGUGGAGCUGAUGUCAUCACCACAGCCACAUACCAGGGGAGUGUGGCAGGAUUUAUGAAGUAUCUUGGUUUGACGUCAGAAAAAGCUGACCAGCUCUUGCAGUCAGGAGUACAACUUGCCAAAGAGGCUGUUACUGCAUUUCUCUCAGAAUCCAGAAGUUCAGAGAGAACAAUGCCCCUCGUUGCAGGCUCCAUUGGACCUUAUGGAGCUUUUUUGCAGGAUGGUUCUGAAUAUUCGGGUGACUAUGUUGAACAGAUGACUAAAGAGGAAUUAAAGACUUGGCAUCGACCUCAGAUGCAGUCCUUAAUAACAGCAGGAGCGGAUCUCAUUGCUAUGGAAACAAUUCCCAGUCAGAAGGAAGGAGAAGCUAUGGUGGAACUUCUUAGAGAAUUCCCAAACACUAAAGGCUGGCUGUCAUUUUCCUGCAAGGAUGAACAAUGUAUUUCCCAUGGAGAAAGGUUUGCUGAUGCUGUGAAAUUUGUGAUCAAAUCUGAUCAGCUGGUGGCCGUAGGAUUAAACUGCUGCCCUCCCGAUAUAGUUAGUUCGCUCCUUGCUACUGUUGAACAAAGUAAGCGUCCAAAAGGAGGAUGGAUUGUAUAUCCAAAUAGCGGAGAAAAAUGGAACCGGAAUACAGGCUGGGGAAGUGGUCAAGUCAAAAGUCAAUUUGCAGAGCUUGCAUUGGAAUGGAAAGAACUUGGUGCUAAAUGGAUUGGUGGAUGUUGUCGAACUACUCCAGUUGAUAUAGCUGAACUACGAUGCGUGUUGAAACCAAAUUUGAAGCUUAAAUGAGGUUCAAAUAAUGCCAAGAAUAGGUGUGCCAAUUGUGAAUAAUACCAAAAUAUACACACCAAAUUGAUCCAGCAGAAAAAGGAACAGUGCACAAUUUCAAAUGCAAUUUUUUUUAAUUGCUUGGUAAUGUGGAGAUGAACAGUAUUUAGAGCACUGCACAGAGGUCAGUGGCCUGGACUUUGCUGGUACUACCUUUAUUCAUAGAAGUGCCAGCAAAUGGCUGAACAAAUAUUUUGGUUAAUUCUGGCUGUGUCACCACUGGAUUCUGUAUGGAGCCCAAUGUUGGCACUUAUGUGAAUGGUGAUUUUACUGCUGCAAGAAAGCAAACUAAAAAUAAGGUUAAAAUAUUUUUAAAUUAAGUGUUUAAAUGACUUGUUUAUCUUACAUUGUUGAUAAAUGACAGUUUAAAAAUUUGUUUUUUUAAACCACGUUUAAGAAUGACAAGCUUUAACAGAUUGUAAAGCUCGGGGUUGGGGGCGAUAGCUUUGCUGUGUGUAAAAGAUUCCAUGGAAUUAUAGGCUGCGAUUGUUCUGGGCCCCCGUUUGAUCUAUUAUAGCAUCUGGGGCUCCAGCUCCACGAGAAUUAUUUGCUUUACUUCUGUUAUUACUGAAAAUCUUCAAUGAAUUCAAUAUAUUCAAGUAAUUGAAUACAUUUCACAGAUACCAAUCCUGCAUGCACUCACCUGAACCAUCAAGGGCUAGGCACUGUCAAAUGGACAAAUUACAAGGGACAAUUUACAAAAGCCAAUGAACAUACCAGCACAUUUUGUAGAAUUCUAAUCUCCACCGGGUGGCACCGUACAAUGGCAACAGUCUGUCUCGUCCUUUUCUUUGUUGUACUUAGUAUGUUGUUAAAUGUAUGUUUUAGUGUAUUAUGUAUUAUGUGGGGGGUGGGGGAAAACUUUUAAAUCUCUUUCCUUGACGGAGAUACGAUUUGUUUCCGUAUCGUAUCUCUAUGCUGCGGCCUAACAUAGAGGAGCUGGCGGCCUCUUGCUGGGAAUCGUCUUUGGGAGCUCUAACCGCAUGAGCUUUGACCUCCCCGGUCACGGGAACUUCGAUCGCCCCGACUGCGAAUAACGAGGAAAGAAGAUAAGACUUUAUUGCCUUCCAUCACAGUGAGGAAUGUGUGGGAGCCGCUGUGGUGGAUGUUCAUGUUAACUUUUAUGUAGUGGUGUGUCUUGUUGCUUUGUCCUGGUAUGACUGUAUGGUAAAUCAAAUUUCACUGUACCUUAAAUGGUACACGUGACAAUCAAGGACCAUUGAACCAUUAGUUUGGUGCACAUUAAAAUUCUGAGCAUAUAUACAAAACUAUGAAAAAUUUGUUUAUCACAAUAUUCAUGAAUUCUUAAAAAAUGGCACAAGACAUUUUCUUUAAUACCUUUUUGGUUUUUCUGUAUUGUAUACCCUUUUCAGGAUGUCGAAUAUCAAGGUAUUCAGGAUUCUGUGUGUUGAGAUCAGUCACUAUGUCUGUCCACCUGAAGUUAUCAGUAAUAAACAUAUUUGUGCAAGCAUAA